GCCGCCGCCGCCAUGGCGCUGGUGCCUCCCCCCGGGGAGGGCACCGUGGCCGUCGUGGUGCGAGUGCGACCCCCUGCAGCCGGCGAGAGAGCCGCGCAGCAGCCGCUGCUGAGAGUCGUCGACCGCAACACCCUCGUGUUCGACCCCGAGGGGCUGGGUGGUGCCUCCGGCCCUGCGCUGCCUGCCCGCGGCACCAAGCACCCGAGGAAACAGCAGAAGUUCGUCUUCGACCGCGUGUUUGGGGAGCAGGCGAGGCAGGAGGAGGUGUUCCAGCACACCACCCGCGACAUGCUCGGCAGCGUCCUCGACGGCUACAACUGCUCCGUGUUUGCCUAUGGUGCCACGGGAGCAGGGAAGACCUUCACCAUGCUGGGCUCGGAGCAGAGCCCUGGCAUCAUCUACCUCACCAUGGUGGAGCUGUACAAGAGGCUUGAGGCCAUGAAGGAGGAGAGGAGCUAUGAGGUCCUGGUCUCCUACCUGGAGGUCUACAACGAGCAGAUCCAUGACCUGCUGGAGCCCAAGGGCCCUCUGAGCAUCCGGGAGGAGCCUGGCAGGGGAGCUGUGGUCCAGGGCCUGUCCUUCCACCAGCCCAGCUCGGCAGAGCAGCUGCUGCAGAUGCUGCUGAGCGGCAACAGGAACCGGACGCAGCAUCCCACGGAUGCCAACGCCUGCUCCUCCCGCUCCCACGCUGUCUUCCAGGUGUGCGUGAAGCAGCAGGACUGUGCCGCUGGGCUCGGUGGGGCCGUGCGAGUGGCCAAGCUGAGCUUGGUGGACCUGGCGGGCUCGGAGCGAGCUUCGGUGGCCAAGACGAGGGGCGAGCGGCUGCGGGAGGGGGCCAGCAUCAACCGCUCGCUGCUGGCCCUGAUCAACGUCCUGACGGCGCUGGCGGGCGGCAGGGGCAGGAGCGGGCACGUCCCGUACCGGGACAGCAAGCUGACGCGCCUGCUGAAGGACUGCCUGGGCGGCAACUGCCGCACCCUCAUGCUGGCUGCGCUCAGCCCCUCGCCGCUGGCCUCCGAGGACACCUACAGCACGCUCAAGUAUGCCAGCCAGGCCAAGGCCAUCAGGGUCUCGCUGAAGAGCAACCUGCUGAGCGUGGACUGCCACGUGUGCGGCUACACGGAGCUGUGCGAGCAGCUGAGAGCCGAGGUGGCAGAGCUGCGGGCCAAGCUCCGUGCCUACGAGGAUGCUGCCCGGGGGUCCCAGAGCCAGGUGCCAGUGCUGCUGCCUGCCCACUCUUCUGGCCCCUCGGAGCUGCCCAGGGCUGUAGCUCCUGCCGUGAGCUGCCCCCCACAGCUGCAGUCCCUGCACGAGGAUGGCAGCUUCCUGGCUCCCGAAGUGGCCUCCGAGGAAGUGCAGCCCCAGGCCCAGCAGGAGGCUGCUCCAAGGCAGGAGCAGGUCCCAGCUGCAAGCACAGCUGCAGAGCUGAGCGGGGCCAGCCCAGCCCAGAGGAGCCAGCAGGGCUGUGAUGGGCAGGAGCCAGCUGAGAGCUCUGUGGCUGUGCCUGGUGCCCCUGUGAUCAGCUCUCCCCUGCCCGGCUGGCAGCACCUGGCUCCGCUCACCAGUGCCACGCUGCUGGCCCUCAGCCCCAUUAAGAAGAGGGAGAGGUCCCCUGAGAUGCCAACUUCUUCCCAGCUGGCAUCUCCCUGCAGCCUCUCCCCACGGGUGAAACGGCAGCGCAGGUGUGGGCAGCAAGCAGAGGCUGCCAGGGCAGGGCAGAGCCUGGACAGCCUCUGCCUGCCAGCUGCAGCCCCAGCACCCCCUGGCUCCCUGCCAGCCUCGUCCUGCAGCUCCAGCCUGUGCCCAGUGACAGUCACCCAGAGCCGUGUGCCCCUGUCCCAGCUGGCAGCUCAGAAUGGCUGUGCUCUGCCCCAGCCCUCUGGCAGUGCUCUGGAUGUCACCUAUGAGGUCUGCAAGACCUCAGACUGGGCAUGUACCACCAAGGCAUCAUCUGUGCCCAAGCUCCCCUUGGUCUCCAGAGCAUCUGCCCUGAAGCAGAAGGCAGUGGAGAGAACCAUUUGCCCCACCCUGGGUGGUCAUCAGAGCAGCAUCCCCCAGCUGCGGAGGGGCAGGCAGAGAGCUGCCAAGUCCUGCAUGCCAGCCACAGAGCAUCCUUCAGGGCCUCUGAGCAGGCAUCGCAGCAAGAGGACCCCCAGAAAGUGCCCAGCCCUUGGCAGCUGCACCCCUGCCUCCACCCCUCAUCCAGUGAAGCUCUUACUGUGAAGGCUCCACCACCCAGGGCCCCCAGCCCACCCUCUCUGCCCUGGCCCGCCGUUCUUGCAGCCCUCAACCUCUUUUGGUCCUCUGCUUUGUGUCCCUGUCCCCUCUCCCCCUGCUCUGCAUCUUGGUCCCUGUUCCCUCCCUCCCCGUUUUGCUGUUCGGUUCUCCCCCUGCCCGGUCCUGCUUUGCAGUGCAGUUCCCUUCCUAUCCCCUCCCCUUACUGUUGUCCUUAUCCCUCCCCUCCUGGUUUACGCCUGGGUUUUCUCUCUCUCCCCUCCCUUCGUGGCUCCAUUCCCUCUCCCUGUUCUUUGUGCUGUGCAGUAAAGGUUUGGUUCUUUGACUCUUCA